CAAUUAUCAUAUUCAGUCUUGAUGCUGUGUGACAAAGACUCCAUUGAAUCUAUUCAGCAGUACAUCAUCAAGCUGACGGAAUUUCUCUCUCUGUAUACAUGGAUUGUUGACGCCUAUGUAUCGGAUUACUUCACCAAGCAUCACUGGGAUAACCUCCCCUCAGUGUGGACAGAGUCCCUUCUUAACACAGAACCUACAGAACUGGUGUGGCUGUUAACAGAGGAAAGUCAGGUAUCCAGGGUGUGGCCUCUCUCACUUCUUGCCUUCAGACAGUGCACACGUACUUACUCACUAGCAAGGUCACAACAAGAGGUCAAAGUACAGGACCUGUCAAAACUUUCCUCACAAAGAUAUGUACAGGAUCAGGAAACCAGCUCAGUUGCUCAACGAGUCUCAAAUCCAGACACAAAAUACUAUGAGUAUCUCAGAAAGCAUGUAAAACCAAAGAAACUUCAUGAAAUCAAAAGUCUUGGAAAGGAACUUAAAAUUGUGGUUGACAAUGAUGAGACAACUUAUGCCCCACCUCUGUGCCUAAUUAUUACUUUAUUUUUCCCUAGAGAUGCUCACAGACAGAUCUCAAAGGGUAAAGGUCACACUGAGACUGAAAGUGAGACUGAUCUUCCUUGUCAUGUGACCUGUUACAUCACAGCAGACACAACACAGGGGAAGUUCCUAGACAUUAUACAGGAGUCCUUCAACAGGUCUAAGGUUGGCAGCUAUUGUAAAGCGGAAGGUGACGAAGGGUUUACAAGAGAGACUACACAACAUGGACUUACUAGUGGUUCAAAGAUAGACGUGAUACAAUCUGCAUCAUUAGAUGACCAAAAACAUUUUAAAAGUUGUGGUAGGGAAUCUAAUAAAAAACCCAAACUGACAAGCACUGAUAUUAAAUGUGAUAAUCAAGAGAAAGAUUUGACUUCUCCUGAAAGUGUUCAGAGUAAAAGUAAUUCUUGUGGGCAUAUUCCAAGCAGCAGUCAAUUGUUUUUUUCAAACAAUUUCUGUGAUAACUGUAAAAAAUAUUCAUCUUCUAAAGAGAUUAGCAUAUGUGAUAGUGAUAUAAAGACACAAAUGGAGACUGGAGAAAAUUCUGGAUUUAUGUGUGAUAGUAAAUCUGCUGAAUGCACUGAUAGCCUAGACAUGCCAGGAUCAGAUGAUCAGAUAUACCAGACUGAGGAAGGUGAUUCUUUAAAUGGAGAACUCCAUGGGAAGACCCCUCCAGCUAGACAGCAGUUUCUCCUGACUGGACUGCAUGCCUGCGGAGAUCUAACUCCCACAAUGCUCAGAGUGUUCACUUCCUGUCCAGACAUAGUGGGACUGGCGUCUGUCGGCUGCUGUUAUAUGAAAUUGUCUACUUCACUGAACAGUAAAUCAGACCAUGUGGGGUACCCCAUGAGUGAUUUUGUAACCAGGUUACCACACUCGGUUCUUAGUUAUGAAGCCCGAGAGAUGGCCUGUCAUUUUGCAGAUUCCUACAUCCAAAGAUUGAAAG